AUGCCCAACACUGAAUUUUCCAACACUGCCAUGGGCGAUGCUGCUGAGCAGCUUAUGAAAAUUGUACAGAAGGUGGCAAAGUUGAGGGAUGGUCAUCCCGAUCACCUGAAAUUGGCUGUGGAAAUUGGAGAUCUGAUGUCCCUGGUAUUCAAGAGCCAUGCAGCCAUGGAGAUGCUGGAGCACCUGGAUGUGGCGCAGCAAUCUUUUGCCAGUGCUCCUGUAUGGGCUAGGAUCCGAACUGACAAUCCCCGAAUCCAGCAACAUCCAUUGAAGGAGAAGGCCCACAGCAUCACCGUUGCCAGGCCGGCGGCGGCGGCGAAAACAUCCGCCGGCAUUUCCAGCGCACCGGCGCCGGUCAAGGUGAAGCCGAAGCCGAAGCCAAUGCCGAAGAAAGCGGUGCAUGAGUCGAAGGAGUUGAAGGGAAGUGACACAGGCCCUACCCAAGGGAAUUCACCGCUGGCAUAUACCUCCUCCCAGAAAGGUAAAGGGAAGGCUUUAGUUGCUCCAGGGAAUGAGGAAGAAGCUGUUGAGGUCAAUCGAGGUCGGCCAACUCGAGUUCAGAAGAGAAGGAAAGGGUCAAAUACCAGUUCGCCGCCUAUUCCAGGCGGCACACCACAACACCAUCUUGCCGACUCGACUGCAAUGCAGACCAAGACAUCAAAACGGCCCAAAGUCACUCAAGAGUCAGUGUCGCUGAAGGACAAUGCACCGAAGGACGAUAUCACCACAGACACUGAAUGUCCUGAGCUGGUUCCACCAUGCACUUCAUUUGCCGUGAAGGAUAUGGCACCACAGGCGCCAAACUUCGAGCUUGUGGCCGUUGCUCCCGGCAGAAACUUAAAUGUUCUCAUGCCAAAGCCGACCUUGGUGAACAAGGCCAAACAUGAUCCCGCUCAAGCCGCCGGCGGAUGGCAGAAGGUGAUUUUACAAUAUAUGCUGGUGUCUGAUGAUGAUGCCGCCUCCGUCACAGCCGCCGCAUUGCCAUUGCCGGCCACCUCUGUGCCGCCAAUCACAACCUUGUCCCCAGAGGGUGAGGCACCACCGCCUGCUGCUCAAUCGGCGCCCUUGAUACAGCAUCCUCAGAUGGACGUGGACGAUUCUCACGAUGGGCUCACGAAAGUGUUGGAGGGAAUGACAUUGGAGGUGAUGCAAGACUUGGCAAAUUUGAGUGCCAGGAAUGCGACACUUCAGGAGAUUGCCGACACCCUCCGGACUAACAUUGCUCAGCUUACGGCCGAGAAUACCACCGCAACAGAGCAGUUGAAUGCACUGCAGGUCAGGAUCACCGCUCAGGAUGCCGCCCUCCUUGACUUGCACCGCCUUCAGGCAGAGGUAACAGCGUUACAAGAUCAAGUCAAGACAUUGCAAGAGAAAUCAGCCACCAGAGAUCAGCACCUUCAAUGUGCUCACCACCGGUUAGGGCAACAAGAACGUACCACCGCCGUCCUUCAGGAUGCCUACAACGCCAUCCGUCAACGUCUUACCGGUCCACCGAAUUCAUCAUCCCCUUUCACAAACUCCUUGUAUCUUGCCAACCCAAUGUAUGGCGGCGGUCAAAGCAUGGUUCCUGUCAGCAUGGGUCAAAUGCAGGCCAUGGAAGGCUUGUAUUCUAACCUGCCAUCAUCGGUUGGCAACAUCUCCAGUGGCUCCAUGUUGGAUGGUCCAUCUGCCGGCCCAUCUGUUAGCACCAUCGCUGGCAGCACCCGCACACACGGCAACACCAAGGGUGGGGCGCCGUCAGGUGUAGGCAAUGAACCUGGCAAUAUAUAG